GAUUGUCGCUUGUACUAUAAACACACAAUUAUCAGAGGAUAUAGUGCGUUAGGUCGUUGAUUGCGUUGCGCAACCAAACGCAGUGUAGACGUCAGUUUUACUUGUGACGUUUCAUUGGAACGUCAACGAUAUGUUUUGUCUGUCGACAGUAUAUAUUUUUUUUGUUAAAAUAUAAGUUUCUAUUUGAGAAUUAAAAAAAGAAGUUUUAAUCGCAUGUAAUUUGUUAUAGCACAAAGGAAACUGUGCCUAUUCCAUCAAAAUUUAAGAGGUUUCUUUUUGUGAUUGUCAAAAAAUUAUCCGAAAUUAAAUGAAUUACAUCGGCUGAUCAACUAGUUUACCACAGACAACUAGCCUACAUAAAACAUUUUAAUCAACUUAUUAUAUUUGAUCAAUCUUCGCCUCAAUUUUCUAAUUUCCAACGGGGAAAUCUAAUUGAUUAAUUGUAAAAAUGGUUUCGUUACGCGACCGACAAAUAGCGGCUAUUAAGCAAAUGCUAAAUUUGAAUGUAAACAGCACAACAAAAAUAUUGGCAUCCGAGCCCGUUUGGAAGGUGUUGAUCUAUGAUCGUGUGGGUCAAGACAUAAUAUCACCACUAAUUUCCAUCCGUGAACUUCGUGAACUGGGUGUUACUUUGCAUAUACAAUUACAUUCCGAUCGUGAUACGAUUCCUGAAGCGCCAGCAGUAUAUUUCUGUGCACCAACCGACGAGAAUCUGGGUCGAAUUGCCCAAGAUUUCCAAAAUAGCUUGUACGAUGUAUAUCACUUGAAUUUUAUUGCACCAAUUUCACGGCAAAAACUUGAAGAUCUCGCAGCCGCCGCUUUAUCAGCCGGUUGUGUGGCAAAUAUCCACAAGGUAUACGAUCAAUAUGUGAACUUCAUAACACUCGAAGAUGACAUGUUCGUGUUGAAGCAUCAAAAUAGUGACUCAUUGUCGUACUAUUCGAUCAAUCGUGCAAAUACCAGUGACACCGAAAUGGAGGAAAUGAUGGAAAGCAUUGUUGACAGUUUAUUCUCCAUAUUUGUGACCAUUGGGAAUGUGCCAAUCAUUCGAGCAUUGAAGGGAACGGCCGCUGAAAUGGUGGCUCGAAAGUUGGAAAAGAAAUUACGUGAGAAUUUAUGGGAUGCACGCAAUAAUUUGUUUCACAUGGACGCAACACAGGCCGGUUCGUUCAGUUUUCAACGACCAUUGUUGAUUAUUCUAGAUCGUAAUAUCGAUAUGGCCACACCGUUGCAUCACACCUGGACGUAUCAAGCAUUGGCACAUGAUGUUCUUGAUUUGUCCCUCAACCGUGUUGCGAUCGAUGAUGAUGACAACAAAGAGCACGGUGGUGCCAAGCAAAAGGGGAAAAAGUCGUACGAUUUGGAUAUUUCGGAUAAAUUCUGGAAAACUCACAAAGGUAGCCCGUUCCCAACGGUGGCCGAGGCAAUUCAAGAAGAACUGGAACAAUAUCGAAACUCAGAAGAGGAAAUCAAGCAGUUGAAAACCACAAUGGGCAUUGAUGGAGAGAACGAAAUUGCAUUUGCAAUGGUCAAUGAUAAUACGGAAAAACUGACCAAUGCUGUGAAUUCAUUGCCACAACUUAUGGAGAAGAAGCGCCUGAUUGACAUGCACACUAAGGUGGCCACUUGCAUUUUGAAUUCCAUCAAAUCGAGGCGAUUGGAUUCGUUCUUUGAAAUUGAAGAGAAAAUCAUGUCGAAACUUACACUCGAUCGUCCGCUGAUUGAUAUUCUGAAGGAUUCAGAAUUUGGACAACCCGAAGAUAAAAUGCGUUUGUUCAUUAUUUAUUACAUUUGUACACCGAAUAUGCCCGAAAGCGAAGUCUCCAAAUAUGAAGCGAUUCUCAAAGAAAUCGGAUGCGAUCUAUCUUCGCUGCCUUACAUUCAACGUUGGAAGAGUAUUAUGAACCGCUCAAAUGCACUCAAUCAACCUAAUCAGUACGAAGGUGGUGGCACUAAGACCGUUUCCAUGUUCUCGAAAUUAGUUUCACAAGGAUCGUCAUUUGUGAUGGAAGGAGUUAAGAAUUUGGUCGUUAAACGACACAAUUUACCAGUAACGAAAAUCACGGAACAGCUUAUGGAUUGUCGCAGUGGUAACGAUAAUGAUGACUAUCUUUAUUUGGAUCCAAAACUAUUGAAACGUGGCGAUACAUUGCCGAAAACUCGGGCUCCAUUCCAAGAUGCAAUCGUAUUUAUUGUUGGUGGUGGUAAUUACAUUGAAUACCAGAAUCUUGUUGACUUUAUCAAGCAAAAACAAACGGCAAACACGAAUAAACGUAUAAUUUACGGUGCAUCGACACUGUCCAAUUCAAAGCAAUUCUUGCGUCAGUUAUCGUUGUUGGGUCAAGAGAUUAAGGACAUUUAAAUUCAAUCCUUUAUUUUAAAUCCUUAUAUAUUUUUUUCCUCUUUAUUUGAUGUUAAAAUAAUAAAAUAUUCGAAUAAAAAUUGCAUGUUUUGAUAUUACUCAA